GGUGCUCUGUUUGGUUUGUGGGGUCAGGACAGCAGCUCACCUCAUUUCUGUAGGAGUUUGUGGAUGUCUUUGGGAGGAGAGGCACAUGAAGACACACAGUGUGGUCUCCAUGUAGAAGCUCAUUGUUCCUCACUCUCUCCUGUGACCAAGGACAGGAGGGGUGGCCUUUUCCUCAUUUCCAGGUUCUUCUGACUGUGAGUGUGAGAUGAGCUGAUUGAGACGCUGAGCUGACGUCUUUGAAGGCACAGUCUGUGACUCCUCAACGUAUUGUCACCUGAGAAAACAUCCCAGACCCUGAUCAGGACCAGGACCAAAUGGCUGCUUCUCAGGGACCAUUGACCUUCAGGGAUGUGGCCAUAGAUUUCUCUCAGGAGGAGUGGGAAUGCCUGGAUGCAACUCAACAGAAAUUAUACAUGGAUGUCAUGUUGGAGAACUACAGCAACCUGGCUUCUCUGGCUACAACAUCUAAAGAUAACCUGGCCUUUAUGCUAAAGCCCGGAGUACAUGAUUUAUUCUCUGAAAUAAUACUGAGUACACAUAAUGGAGAUAGCAGUUAUCAAUGGAAUGAACAUUGGAACAACUUUAAGAAAGAGCCAUAUCUUAAUCAUCGGACAAAUGAGCUUGCAGAGGACCAUUGUAAAAGUGGAAAAGCAUUUGACCAAAUGUCCAAUCACAAUAUACGUCAGGUUAUUCCUAUUGUGGAGAAGACCCACAAAGGAAGUAAAUGUAUCCAGUAUUUUCAGCAGUCUUCACAAUACCGUGAACAAGAGAAUAUACAUGUUACGGAGGAGGCUCACAAAUGGAAUCCGUGUGGGAUAGUCUUCAGUCAAAUAAUCAAUCUAAAUAGAUGCCAAAAAGUUCAUAGUGGAGAAAAACCUUAUACACAUAAAGAUUGCUGUACUCUAAAUCAGACAAUUCAUACUGGAGCAAAGCCUUGCAAAUGUAAAUCAUGUGGCAAAGCCUUUAAAUAUCAUUCAUCUCUUAUUAUACAUAAGGCAAGAUUUCACACUAUAGCAACAUUUUGCAAACUCAGGGAAAAUGGAAAAGACUUUAGUCAGUCCUCAAGACAUACCCAACAUCAUACAAAUAAUAUUCAAGAAAAGUCUUAUAAAUGCUCAGAAUGUGGCAAAACCUUUAGUCGGCCCUCAAACCUUAUUCUUCAUCAAGGAAUUCACACUAGAGAGAAACCUUAUAAACAUAGAGAAUGUGUCAAAGCCUUUAACAACCAUACAGGUCUUACUAAUCAUCAUAGUGUUCAUACUGAAGGUAAGCCUUAUAAAUGUAGAGAAUGUGGUAAAGCAUUCCUCCACACGUCAAACAUGUUUCGACAUCGGAAAGUUCAUACUGGAGAGAAGCCAAUCUGA